CACGUUUUAAUAUAUGUUUUUGGGGUGGGUGGGGUGCCGAUUCUCGCUCUUCACUUACCUUAUUUCAAAUCCAGAGAUGUUCCUUUGUGUCGCAGUCCCAAGUUAUUGAUCCAUCCGCCAAAUGCCAAUCCCUCCUCUUAUAUCCGCCAUUUCCAAAACCCUCUCACUCCUUCCUGCAACAAACUUAGCAACCAGAAUCAAGAGCUCUCACCAUUUAGUUCCUUUCUCCAGUUCUCACCAAAAAACAAACAGCUAAAGGAAUUCCUCUGGUUCUUCCAUUUCUACCUUUCCGUCUAUAAUAUAUCUAUUCAAGUAGUUUUGUCUUUGUCCUGUGCCUUCCCCGGUUGGUCUCGCAAUCCCGCCCAUGGCCACGUCGGCCUUCAAGUCCACCACCAGGAGGACUGCCAUCGGCGACGACUCUCCCUCUUCCUCCAGCCGUAGCAGCGGCGGCACCUCCUCCUCUCUUCACCGGCGCUCCAGGAGUCUCAGCCGAUUCUCCCGUCCUGUCCCUCCUCAGCCCGACGAUUUCUCGGACGAUGGGGCGCCCCCGAGGGGAAGGUUCGUCAACACCAUGAGGGGAUCCGGCGUCCCCGAGGUCACCCUCGAUGAUCUCGAUGUUCGCUUCUUUAGCUCUGGCCGGACGCCAUUGGCUCCUUCCCGAAACGACGACCCCGCUGAUAGGUCGCAGAGGAGAGGGAGGUCGGUUUCCAGGUACGGCUCGCGGACUUCCCUCGGCGAUUCCAAGGGCGGUGGCGUCUCGGAGGUACGGAGCGGUCGCGCUGGGGUUAGGGCGGGUUCGGAAGCUAAUUCGAGGAGGCGGCGGUCAGUUUCGGUGGUUCGCUACCAAAUCAGUGAUUCUGAGCAGAGUGAUUUUGAUCAUUCUCAUCCCGGCAAUCGCACUGGUUUGAAGAGUUCUUCCAAUGGCGGAAAAAGCAGCAUGACUCCCUCAAACACAGCCAGUUCUAACCAAAGACCAGGUCUUAGAAGGUCGCUCAGCCAGAAGGAUUUGAAACAUCAUGAUGGUUAUUCUAGCCACUCCUCAGUUCUGACUGAUGAUGAAGCAAGGGAUGGCACGGAUGCUUAUUCUAAUAGGAAUGGGAUCGAGAAGACGAUACGGGCUGUUUAUGCACAGAAAAAGGGCGAGCAUCCCAUUGGCGAAGACAUGAACAGUGGGCUAUAUGAAGCAAUGCGAAAAGAACUUAGGCAUGCUGUUGAGGAGAUCAAGCUGGAACUUGAACAAGCAAUAGGGAAGAAUGAUACUUCUGCUUUGCCAAGCAAUGACUCCACGCGUGCUGUUUCUGCAAUCAGAAGGAAUUAUGCGACAAAAAUGGAGAAGUCUGAAAGGCGCAAACAAGACUUAUUAGCUGAAAUUCUGAAGGAGGAACAACAUGGAAGGGAACUCUCUAAAAUUGUGAAGGAAUUACUCCCCGACCCGAAGGACAAUGUUGCAGAAAGGCCUUUGCGAACCAGGAAGAGGAGCAAUGAUAGAACCAGGAUGUCCAAGAGAUUGACUGAGGAAGCUGAGAAGUAUAUUGAGGAUUUCAUUUCAAACAUUGAGGACACCGACAUUUCAUCUAUAGAUGGUGAAAGGAGUGAUACUAGUUCAAGUUUAGUAGGAGCUCCGAAAACCGAAGCUUUGCAAAGCCUGGCAGUCUCCAAGUCUCGUCCUGUUGAAAUGGAUGGGGUGGUCCUGCCGUGGUUGCAGUGGGAAACUUCAAAUGAUGCUUCCUCCCCUUCAUUGUUGAAGAUGAAGGACACUCCAACGAUCCAAUCAUGGGAACCAGCUCAGCUGAACUCGACCCCUGGGCAAGAUUUAAGUAAUUGUUCUGCCAGCAGUCAUGGUAGUUGGAAUCCAGGAGUAGCAGACUGCCACUCAUCAAGCAUUGCUGAAGCUAAAAGUUACCGCAGCAAACUCUCGUUGGGUGAUACAAGGGGCUUGACACUAGACAUGGAUGAGUAUCUGAAACUUCCAAGUGAAGAAGAUCUUCUGUUGGAAAGAUGGAUGCUACAGCACAGAAUUCAUGCAGGCAAUCUCCUGCUGUGCGGACACACGUUCUUGUAGAUCCCAAUCCACUUCUUUGUGCAGAACUCUUGGCCGUUACUCUAUGUUUCUUUAAGCCGACUAGUCUUACUACGGCAGCUGCAGUGGGUAUAUUCAUACAUUUGGAGUUGUAGAAGCUAAAUUUCCUCUGCCAAUAGACAGUUUCCUUUUGUAGGUAGUUUCAGUCGUCCAGAGCGCUUAUGAUGUAGGGUACGGGCGGGAUGGUGAUCAAAAAGAAUCAGUAGCAGUAAGUUCUAACCCAACCACAACUGAAGUCUUUUUGUUUGUACGUGGUGGUUUGCUUGAAAUUGGAUAAAAGAUUUGUCAUCCAAAUCGCAAGCAUCAUGGAUUUGUUGAAGCUAUGUAUGUUGAUUGUGUGCGGUUCAGGUUAAUGGGAAUGGAAUGUCGAGGUUUUAUGAUAACAAUUUCGAGCCGGGAGAACAUUGGAAUCAACAAUGCACUAGAAC